GGCACAUUGUAGAAAGGGUGCAAUUGCUCUGGAGAGGAUCCAGGGGCCAUUUUACGAAGAUGCUGGCAGGGCUGGAUUUUUUUUUUCAUUUUGAAGAAAGAUUUGAUAACUGGGGUUGCAUUUUCUGCAGCAACGGAGGUGAAGGAAAAACUUAGUUGUGGUGAAUAAUAUUAGUACCUGUUUUGCUUAACAAAUAGUGUAGGAAGGAACUGCAGAUGCUGGUUUAAACUGCAGAUAGGCACUAAAAACUAGAAAAACGCAGCAGGACAGGCAGCAUCUCUGGAGAGAAAGAAUGGGUGAUGUUUCGGGUCGAGACCCUUCUUCAGACUGAAGAGGUUGAAAACCAACCAUAAAACACAAUGACUGGCGAUGUGCAUUAUCCAACUAAGGGCAGACAUUAGAAUCAUGUGUUCAUCUUUAUUGACAUGACACCAUGAUAAAUAUAUUACAGAAAAUAUAAUUUAAUGGGGUGGCACGGUGGCGCAGCAGUAGAGUUGCUGCAUUACAGCACCACAGACCCAGGUUUGAUCCUGACUACGGGUGCUGUCUGUACAGUAUUUGUACACUCUCCCUAUGACCACAUGGGUUUUCUCUGGAAAUCCGGUUUCUCUCAUAUCCGAAAGAAGUGCAGGUUUGUAGGUUAAUUGGCUUCUGUAAAUUGUCCCUGGCGUGAUGGAUGGAACUGGUGUAUGGUAGAUUGCUGGUCGGUGUGGACUUGGUGGGCUGAAGGGCGUUUCCAUAUAUAUUUUUUUACAUAUAUAUCUUAAUUUCAUUGAACCAUAUAUGAUUGAAUAUAUGGCAUUAUUUUCGUCUUAUUUCCAUAUUCAAAGGGUAUGAUUGAUUUAUUUGUGCAGAACAGUGAUGGAAGUCCAUCUUUUGCUUUGUUUCUCUGUGUUUUUCUGUGUAUAUAUAUGCAUAACAGCAUGAAUAUAAUUUGAUUUCCAUACAUGAAUAUAGUCAUUCAUGUGCUGCACCUGGUGAUCAGAGCUUGGCUCUACUGUGGAAUGUAAUUUCUGAACCUUAUUCAUACGUAAUCCAAUUUAAAGCAUAAAUGUUGCAUUCAAGUGUAAGUUAAAAGACUCGCUACUGUAUGCACCAGAUUGCACUAUUAUGAUCAUGUUUCACACCUUUUGGCCUCUCUCCACUGGCUGCCUAUUCAGUAUAGGAUUCGUUUUAAAAUUCUUUUAUUUACUUUUAAAUCCCUAAGUGGUCUUGCCCCGUCCUACCUAUCUGAGCUUCUUCACCCUUAUUCGCCCUCCCGCUCUCUCAGGUCAGAUGAUCAGCUGCUCCUGAUUGAGCCAAAGACUAAGCGGAAGCUCAGAGGGGACCGUGCCUUUGCUGUGUCGGCUCCGAGAUUGUGGAAUGAAUUGCCUCUGCACGUUAAACAGGCCCCUUCUCUAGCUGUUUUUAAGUCACUCCUGAAGACAUAUCUAUUCUCCGUGGCCUUUGUAGACCAGUGAGGUGUUGAAUUGUUUAUUAACUUUAUUUGCUUGGUUUUGCUGCGUUGUUCGUACUCGUGUUUUAUGUUUUUUUAAUUUAUUGUUUGGAUUUUUGUAUGUAAUUUAUGCGCCUCGUGUUAGUUGUAUGUUCUGUUGUUCUGCCUGUUUUAUGAUGUCUUGCUUGUUUUCUUUUUUCUGUACAGCACUUUGGUCAGCUUUGGUUGUUAACAAAUAAAGUUAUUAUUAUUAUUAUUAUUACAAGCUGAAAAAUGUAAAAGCUCCCUACCGUGGGAGGGGGGACACGGCCCUCCCCCCUCGUCGCAAUUUCUCACCCUCAACUCUCACCCAGUGUUGGCAGCCCUGAUGUAGAUGGUCUGAUGGUCUGUGGUAUCGUAAACUGUCUAUGAUUCAAAAGUAACAUAUUUCCUCGACUGACGUGUAGCAGAGGGCACUACUCUCAUGUAACUAUCAACAGGCAAAGUCUAGUUUCACCACACCAACUUGCUAGGCGGUUCUCACUUAAUGUCUACUCUGAACUACCAAAGUGUGAGACAAGGGACAGGCCAAUGCAAUUGAUGUGCAAAACAAAAUUCACAAAGUGCUGGAGUCAUUCAGCGGGUCUCUGUACAACAUAGAUAGCAGACGUUUCUGCUCUAGAUUUUUCAGGAGGGUUUAUUUUGUUUUAAGGUAUCGUUUUAAAGAAUUUUCACACACUCUACUUUCUAUUCAUCUGUCGAUAGUUAAUUUCAAUGUGUCAUCAGUUUGGCGUGGCUGCGUCGUUUCUCAGUCAGUCGAGAUUACGGGAAAAGUUAGGUUUCGUUUCCGAUGUUGGUAAGACACAGCCCCUCUCGUCUCCACGUGUAUCAUUGGCCGCUGGUGUAAAGGACGUCAGCUCAGUUUGCCGGCACACAGUAGAAUCGAAACUGUGCAGAGGAGGAUAAAAGUGGGUGAGCAGAUGAGAGCUCAGUUUGCUGAUGCUGCUACAGUCUACAAGAACGGCUGCGUGACCAGAAACAGACAAUGGACUGUGAUCAACAACUACUAUCCAUGUUGUCCAAGCUUAUGAGGGAGACAAAAGGGGCAGGUUCCCAGGUCCAAAAGGUGCAGCCACCUGGAAGCCAAGUGAGAAGACCUCAUCAUUCAACCAGCAAACAGGCAAGUCAGCAACAUUCAAAAGACCAAAAGUCUGGGAAUAAACAGACUCCUAUGGCAUUUAAAGCAGUUGAAAGCCACCCCAAACCUGCAAACAAGGCUCAUAAUCAUCCUUCAGUCCACCAUGCGCAUCAAGCUUCUGGAGGUGCCAGGAACCAAAGAAAACCACCCCAUUCAACAAGUGGUCCAAAGCAAGCCCAGGAAGAAAGCGUUCGGCCAAAAUCAGCAGGAGCAAAAGGCGGGCAGCAGCUGAGGCCGCCUCAGCAGCAAUUCAAACAUGUGCAGAUGAGAUCCCAGACUAUAUGUGCGAAGGACAGAAUCAAGCACCGUGAUCAGUCUGAACCUCGCAGGAGAAUGCCCAUGGCCAUGUCGGAUGUUGCCAGAGAAAGUAGUACCAUGAAUGGAAUACAAAAGCAGCAAAGACCUCGAGGGAGACAGCCUUUCCAACAGGGAAAGGGGAAGAAUGACUUUCCGAUUAGAUCUGAAAACGAUUCACAGCAACAUCACCAACGCCCGUGGACUCCAUGGAAACGUGGAAACGCUCAUCAGCGCCAGGACACUAAACCAGCUGCUAAGGAAUUCAGUAAACCUAAUCAACCUGAGCCGGCAACUCUGGAUGAAGAAGAAUUCAUGCAGCUUGAAGCAAUGGCACCAGUGGACAUUGUAAUGAAGUUGGCCUCUCCAAUAAGUGGGCUCAUCGAAUUCUUAAAGGAGGAAAAUACAGAAAAAAACUUGAUCGCAUCCUUUCUGAAAAUUCUCAGUGCGACAUUCAAUUGCAAAUCCAACCAGCACAGUUUGCAUUAUCUGCUGGAGCUAAUCAAGAAAUCCAUGUUUCUGAAAAUCACCCUGCCAAAAUUCAUCAUGAGUGCUCUGACGGAAGUCUUGCCCGAGGCACAUUUGGAGACUUCUAGAUAUCUUGGUUAUACAUUGAAGUUGCUCUGUCAGUUGAUCACUGUCUAUCCUGCAAGCGCUUUUGUGGAAGUGUCCCUUCUAGCUACGCUAGUGCAAUCCACGUCUAACCACAUGCAAUCUAUUGGCUUCCCUGUCUCAGAGGAAACUGGGAAGAGCUUGGAGAACCUGCACCAGAUGGUUGCUUUUUUGCAGGAGAGACAGAAAUAUGGGAACUUGAAGUCGGAUACCUACACCUACUUUGUGAAACCAGAGGGGAAUGAAUUUAGACACAUUUCAAUAUACCCGACCUAUGCUGACGUCCAUUUAAUCGACAAGCCUUUUGUGAGACCAAAUAUAAUCAAUGAAGAAUACCCAGACACUGCCACAUACCUGGACAUACAAUUUCGCCUGCUGCGUGAAGACUUUGUUCGGCCUCUGAGGGAGGGUAUUUCCAACUUGCUGAGCUGUAACCAAAAGGAUUUGCGGAAAGGAAAAACAGAUGAUAUCAGAAUUUAUUUUGAUGCCCAAGUCCUGGGUCCACUGUGUACACAUACCGGUGUCUACUAUCGGGUUAGAUUUAAUGUGAAACAGUUAAAGUUUGUUCAGUGGGAGAGCUCCAAGCGGCUACUGUAUGGGUCUUUACUUUGCCUCUCAAAAGACAACUUUGAAACAAUGCUGUUUGCAACAGUGGCACACAGAACUGUUCGGGAACUGAUGAAAGGUAUUAUCCACCUCAGCUUCACGGAAGACAGUCGGCUGGACUUGGUGGACGUAAAACCGACGGAUUCUUUUCUGAUGGUUGAAACAAUUGCAUACUUUGAAGCCUAUCGCCAUGUUCUCGAAGGCUUUAAGCAGAUCAGAGACGAUGAGAUACCCUUUCAGAAGUACAUAGUUCAUUGCCAGACUAAUAUUGCAGAACCAAAAUAUCUAAAAGGCACUUCUCAAAACUACACCCUGGAACCAUUGUCCCGGAGUAAUAAUUUCAAUGUAUUUGACUUUGCAAAAUGGCCCUCUAAGGAGAGAUUAAAAUUAGAUGAAUCUCAAAUACAGGCGGUGCAGACAGCGUUAACCAAGGAACUUGCUAUCAUCCAGGGGCCUCCAGGAACAGGAAAGACAUUUUUGGGACUGAAAAUUGUCAGCGUUCUCCUGUCCAACAUAAAUAUUUGGAAGUCCGCUACUGGUUCCCCUAUACUGGUGGUCUGCUACACAAAUCAUGCAUUGGACCAGUUUUUGGAAGGAAUCCACACCUUUCUGGGAACUGGGCUGGUCAGAGUUGGAGGAAGAAGCGAUAGUAAAAUUCUAGCCGAUUUUACUAUGCACGCGUUAAGAAAGCAGCCUGCCUUCAGGAGAAAUCUCCCCAAGUAUAUGAAAUGCAUGUAUCCUGCGCUGAUUGAAGGAAGAGAAGAGAUCGAGCUGAAAAUUGAAUCAUUGGCUGUGUAUUUGGAAGCAAGUGCAAAGGGAGUCCUUAAGUUAGGCAUCUUAUCGGAAUACAUUCAACCGAAUCACUUGAAGAGUCUACAGGUGGGCUCUCAAUAUAAUCCAUCGAAGAGAUAUGAUAUUCUGGAAUGGUUAAAGUUGACGUCAGCACACACAUUUUAUUUCGCAUCCAAAGCGACACAACAACAGUCCAAAGAAGAUGACUGGGAUGAGACGGCCUCAAGUGUCACUGAGGGAGACCUAGGAAACCUCAGUGACCUGAUUGAUGAGGGGGGUGACGAUGAUGAGCUGAUUAAGGUGACUGUGGAGGCUGAACUGAUACAAGCGGAGAGAAUGGUUGAUGAGGAUGACCUGCAGAAACAAAUUCAAAACGCACGUGCACGCCGGGCUGCAUUGGAAAAACAAUUCCUGGCAUUGAAUCUCAACGAGGAUGCACCCCCUUUGAAAUCCCAGUCUAAGAACCAAGAUGGUGGCGAAUGGCAGGUCAGCAAAGAAAGCAUGGCGAAAAUGAAAAGAAAGACGAAGCACCAGUUGCAACUCACAGACAUCAUGUCAGAAGAUGAAGCCACAAAAAGAGUUAAUAUCUGGGAUCUUGACAUGGUUGAUCGCUGGCGACUGUACAGGUUGUGGUUGUCAAAGUACCAAGUUAAAAUCAAACAUGAAAUAUUGAAGUAUGAGCAGGAAUACCAGGAAAUCGUCAAUCGCCUUGCAGAGCUGAGAACCCAAGAAGAAAUAAUGAUACUUCGACAGUCAAAAGUUGUUGGAAUGACCACCACAGGGGCUGCAAAAUUCAGAAAUCUGCUGCAAGAUAUUCAACCAAAGAUUGUCAUUGUAGAGGAGGCAGCUGAAGUCCUGGAAGCCCACAUCAUCACCACUCUCAGCUCUGCCUGUGAACAUCUCAUUUUAAUUGGUGACCAUCAGCAGCUGCGCCCAAGUGCAACAGUGUAUGAGCUGGCAAGAAAGUUCAACUUGGAAGUCUCCUUAUUUGAGCGGCUGAUACGAAUGGAAGUGCCCUUUGUGCGACUUGAUUACCAACAUCGAAUGCGCCCUGAAAUCGCAAAACUGAUAACACCACACAUCUAUGACAAACUGAAAAACACUGAGUCUGUGAAGAAGUAUGAAAACAUUAAGGGAAUCUCCACAAACCUCUACUUCAUUGAACACCAGGAGCCAGAGGAUAAUAUCAAGGAAGGAAAAAGCUACCAAAAUUCCCAUGAAGCGCACUUUGUCAAGUUACUUUGCGAAUAUUUCAUCCAGCAGGAGUAUCAUCCAUCACAGAUAACCAUCCUUACCACCUACUCUGGUCAGCUGUUCUGCUUGAGGAAUGUAAUGCCCAAAAGGAUAUUUGACGGAGUCAAGGUCUGCGUGGUCGACAAGUAUCAAGGGGAAGAAAAUGACAUUGUGAUUCUAUCUCUCGUUCGGAGCAACAAGCAGGGCGUGGUCGGGUUCCUGCGGAUACCGAAUCGAGUCUGCGUGGCUCUGUCGAGGGCGAAGAAGGGCUUCUACUGCAUCGGCAACAUGGCCAUGCUGGCAAAGCAGGUCCCUCUGUGGGCAAACAUUGUGGGGACACUCCGUGAGAACAACCAGAUCGGCCCCUCGCUGCGGCUGUGCUGCCAGAACCACCCGGGAACAGACGCCCUCGUGUCCACGGCUGAGGAUUUCAGCCAGGUUCCCAAAGGCGGGUGCCUGGUGCCCUGUGAAUUCAGCUUGCCGUGCGGCCACAAGUGCACUUUGCCCUGCCAUCCUUUUGACCCCGAGCAUAUUGAGUACCGGUGCCCGGGACCUUGCCAGAACAAAUGCAAAGUGGGACACCCCUGCCACAAAGCUUGCUGGCAGAUCUGCGGGGAUUGCACGGUGAAGGUGGAACAGGUCAUCCCCGGGUGUGGUCACCGACAGCAGGUCCCGUGCUGUGUGGAUCCAUGGCGCUUCUGUUGCCAGGAGCCCUGCGAGAAGACCCUGGACUGCAGCCACCGAUGCCUGCGCUGCUGCGGGGAUAGCUGCACUGAGAAGUGCCCCAGCAGGGUCGAGAUGGCACUGCCGUGCGGCCACACGAGAAUGAUAAAGUGUCACCAGCGAGAGGAGGCUGAGGCCGAGCCCUGCCUCGCGAACUGUGGGGCGCCACUGUCCUGCGACCAUCCCUGCGCAGCCCGCUGCUUCGAAUGCAGUGCCCUGCCGUUCCACGCCGUUUGCCCCGUUUCUUGCGCCCACCCACUGCCCUGUUCCCACCCGUGCAAGGGCAUCUGCGGCGUUGCUUGCCCGCCCUGCGCCCAGCCCUGUGGCAACUGCUGCCCGCACGGCAGGUGCCCGGGCAGCUGCGGCCAGCCUUGCCAACCCUGCCAGCGACCCUGCACCUGGGCCUGCCCCCAUGCCAAGUGCACCCGGCUGUGCCACGAGGCUUGUGACCGGGCACCUUGCGACCAGCCCUGCCACCUGACGCUGGACUGCGGCCAUCCCUGCAUCGGCCUGUGCGGAGAGCCCUGCCCCGAUAAGUGUCGCGUCUGCCACGUGGAGGAGGUCACCGAGAUAUUCUUUGGUGGGGAAGACGACCCUGAAACCAGGUUCCUGCAGCUGCAAGAUUGCCGGCACAUUUUUGCGGUGAAAGAGUUCGACACAUUGAUGCAACAGUCAGAAGCCGACGAAUCCUCAGCAUCGGAGCUCCCUCUUUGCCCCAAAUGCUCGGCCCCAAUCCAUAACAAUGUCCGCUACGGGACCCUCAUUAAAAAUGUGCUGGCUAAGAUUGAGCGUCUCAAAGUCAAGAUCGUGGGAGAUGAGGAAGAGGUCAGAUGCCGCAGGGUGUGCCUUGAAAACUUUCUGGAAGAAAAGGAAGAAUUAAAUGAAUAUUAUCCUCGGGAAACCCUGGAUCUACAAUUUCAGCUACAAGAAUCCAAUAUAAGUCUGCAUAAGCUGACCACCCUUGGGCAUAAGAUUAACCUCCUAUCCAAAGUUGCCAAUCUGAAAUCCAAAGAAAGAGAACUGGUUAGUUAUCGUAGAAAAAUGAUGCAAGAGGAAAUUGACCUGUUAGUAGAGAAGAUUACAAAAAAGAGAUCUCAGUUCACCAGUCCAGAGCUUGGAGACAUCGAAAGAGAGAUCACCACACUGAAACAACAGAACAAACUAUACUUCAUUCAAAAUCCAAAGAAAAGGGAUCCAUUCCCUCCAGCACCACAGCCAUUCUUUAAACUGCUACCAUCUCUUACAGGAGAUGCAACUUACAAAGCAUGGAAGGAAGAAAGAAUUAACAGAUUGAAGAGUAAAUCUGCUGAUCUGAUAUGAUGCAUCCCAACUUGAGUCCGACUCAGUCACUUGGACAAAUUAACCAUUUUAUAACAUCUGGUUCAGCAAGUGUUCAAUUGUAAUUCCGGGAUUCAUGGGGAGAAGUUGCAGCUUUGUAGAUGGAAACUUCCAGAAUUGUCUCUGAGAAUGAGGUUUCAGGCAGCCAAUAGGGGAGGUGGGGGGGCUAAGAUCAGCUGAGUUUGCGUAACCUCCCAAGUGGGUUGAGAAAAUCUGUGUCCUUGUUUGCGAUGUUGCAGAAUAAUUAAAGGACAACCAAUUGUGGGUUAAUUGGCAGCAUUUUGCAUUAAACAUAGAACAGUACAACACUGGAAUGGGUCCGUUGGCCCACAAUGAUCUAAUCUGCCUGUACAUGUUACGUAUCCCUCUAUUCCUUGCACUUCCAUGUGCCUAUCUCAAAGCUUCUUGAAAAAACAGUGUCUUAUCCACUUCCACCACCACCCUUGGCAAUGUGUCCCCAACCCCACCCCCCCCCAUUCUGUGUUUAAAAAAACUUGCACUAAGCAUCUCCAUUAAAUUUUCCCCUUCUCACCUAAUAGCUAUAUUCUUUAGUCUUUGACCACUCUGGAACAAAGGUUAUGAAUGUCUACACUAUCUAUCAUAUUUUGAUAUUCUUCUAUCGUCCCCCUCUCAAACUCGGACUUCCAUCCAUCCAAGCUUCUCCCUGUAGCCGAAACCCUCUAAUCCAGGCAGCAACUGGUAAAAAAUAGUGCAAAGAUGAAGGAAUAACGUGCCACUUCAUUGUUUAUUAAUAAUGCUCAGUGCAAAAUGUUAACCGAAUUAGAGCACUUUGCUGACAUGACCUAAACAUUGUUUUUUAGCUGUUCCGUUGGCGGAUUUUCUUUCUUUUCUGAUUUUCAGCAUCACUGACUGAGAAUGUGAUGAAAUAAAAUGUCUCUUAAUAUACAGAAGAUAUUUUGAGUUUUCUAUGUGCAAAUGUAACAAGCCUCCAGACAAUAUCUCUUGUUCCAAUUUUGUAAUUUUGCACAAAAAAAAAAUGCUUUUCUGUUUGAAAGAGCCAUGUGCUCAGUUUGAAGUUAAAAUAUAAUUGAUGUAUAAUUCAGGUUUUUCAGAUGCUGUCAUAAAGAAUUAAUAUAAUACUCUUGAGUGAAACUCUGCAUUUUCAAUGUAGAAUAGGAUUACAUUGCCCUCCAUAAUGUUUGGGACAAAGACCUGUCAUUUAUUUACCUCUGUACUGCACAAUUUGAGAUUAGUAAUAGAAAAAAAAAUCACAUGUGGUUAAAGUGCACAUUGUCAGAUUUUAAUAAAGGCCAUUUUUAUACAUUUUGGUUUCACCAGGUAGAAAUUACAGCAG